AAGGGGGGAGGAAGGCCAUGCUUUAUAAGUCCCUGAAGUUAGCCACAGAUCAGUAAUUGUCCAGAUUGUUAAGAUGCCAGAAUGGACAUAAAGGCAGGAAUACAACCUUUCUAACACACACACACACAUGCAUACACAUAAAAUAUAGCUGUGUUAUUGGAAUACUCCCACAUUUCAUUUAUGAUUCAAACCCUUCUUUGACAGAUCUGGUUACAAGGUGAAUACAGUGAAAGCUUGUUUUAAAUAAUACACCCCAUGGCAUGUACAUUUUUAACAAAUCAUAGAUAUAAAAUAUAAAUAACAUAAUGCUAAUCAAACCAUGCUUUUUUACUGUGUCCAUUUCUGCAAUUAUUUGUCAUGUGAAAGUUUUAAGUUUUAAUUGAGAAAUCAGGUUCUUCCUUGAUAAUGGUUGAAAUGAUGUAAUGGGCAAUUUAGUACAAGUUGUUGGACUUCAAGCAUAUUUUUACAGGUGGUUGUUUUAAUCACCCAGGAAAUACAACAUUAAUGUUCAAAGCGUUGCAGAUUUUAAACACACCUAAUUUUCUGCUACAAAUUGCAGAUAUUUUAAGUGAUCUAAAUGGUGCAUCAUUUCCUUACUGUGGCUACUGGAUAUAUGGUUCCACAUUUACUUACUAGGAUCGCAUAAGAAAGCAGGAAAGACGCAAUUUCUUACGCAAUGUGCUUGUGUGUUGAAGUAUUUCUUCUUUUCAUUAAAAUAUAUUGGUGGCACUCUGCGUUAUAGGUAAGCUAUCUUCAUUACAGCAGGGUGAUUAACUGAAUAAUUAAUUUUAUGUUGGACUCCAAAGCGUGCCUGUAUUUAAGGAAAACACUAUUUGCCAACUGAUCUGCAAGUCACACCAUCUCCAGUACAAUCGCUCCAAGUCAUCCACGCGUCAAUACUGCCUUGUUUCUGGAUUACAAUGGAUCCAUUGACUGCUUAUUUAAUUUAAACAGCAGGACUGUUGUUUUAGUUUAUUGCAAGGGUUACAGUGUGAAACUAUUUCCUUUUGGACUGCUCGAUUAGUCUGUGAUGCAUGCAGCUGAGGUCCUUCUAGCUCAAGAAUGAAUGAAACCAUAAAGUAUUUUUAAGUAAUAAGGUACGAGAUCCUUCAAGCCCAAACUUCCAGGGUUAAAUGCAAGCAGCUCUCGCGUGUUAUGAAUAUAAUGUGCAGUAGACACAACCACAGAGUCACGAACAAUUUCUUAGCAAUUAAAUUUCUAGUAAGACAGCUUACUAAAAUAAUCAUGAUACCAACCAACUUGUGAUAUAUUCAAAAAUAUAUGUCAUUUACCGCAGGUGAUGGUUUCUACAACUUCCACACAUAAGAAGUGAGGGCACUUACAAUAACAGUACAAGCUUGGUACUGAUACACGUACACACACACACGCACACACGCGGUAAGCACUGACAACAAAUGUGCUGUAUGCCUCUGAGUCUGCAGUUACCAAAGCCUUUUUGAGGAGCUCCUUACAGACACAUUCACACUACCGUAGACGUGCUACUUGCUGGUAAUCAGUGCGCCAGAUCUCUUGCCUUUUUUGAUUAUUUUAUUCCAUCCUCCCGAGCCCUGUGUUGCUGCUGCUGUUUUAAACGUUGUUGUCUGGUGCGGGUCCCCCACAGCGCUGGGCUUCACCGCCCGACGCCCGGUAGGAGGCGUGUCUCAUCUGCAGUCCUCAGGUUGAGAAAUCCCUGGCUCGCAAAUGUGAAGUGCGCAGCACUGAAGAAUUGGGAGAGCACUUUCCCUGUAACCACACGCAGUUCAGACCCGUCUGCCUUUUUCAAUAGAGCAGGGUCGUAGCAGGAACAGCGAUCUUGGAUUUCACACGGAUUCUCCGAGACAAACAUGGAUGUCCCACCAUUCUUUGCAGCUGAAGGUUGCUCCUUGGCGCAGUGAAUGAAGAACAUGCAGGGAUUGCUAAUGGGUUUUCGAAGCAUAUACUCUGUUCUCUCCGUGACCAUGCCGUGAUCCUGUCUGUGGGCCAUCAGCCUGUAUACUGUCAUUUGUACCUUACUACGGAACCUGACGACUUAAGGGGGGAACCUGCAGUUUGUAAACACAAGAAACACAAUGAAGAUUAUUUUCCAUAGUCUAAGUAUUGCAAUCUUCUGGAGCAGCACUAGACUUCUUCUAUGUUUAUUGUGGAUUGGAUAUUCUCACGGAAUGCAUGUUUUGCGAUUUGGGGGCAUAUUUGAAUCUGUCGAAUCAGGUCGAUCUGGUGAAGAAGAACUGGCCUUUAAAUUUGCUUUAAGUACAAUCAACAGAAACAGAACUCUACUGCCAAACACCACGUUAACAUAUGACAUCCAAAGGAUAAAUAUCUAUGAUAGUUUUGAAGCAUCCAGGAAAGCCUGCGAUCAGCUGUCACUUGGAGUAGCAGCCAUCUUUGGACCUUCACACAGUUCCUCAGCUAAUGCAGUGCAGUCGAUCUGCAAUGCACUGGGAGUUCCACACAUACAAACCAGAUGGAAACAUCAAGUUUCAGACAACAAAGACUCCUU